UUGUACUAAUGAUCCCUCUCAGAGUUAAGGAACCCGCGAAUUAGUCCAAACAUUACGCGCUCCCGUACCCCCGUGUCGAGAACACUCAAGUACCACAUUGACCCCAUCACAAUGGACUUGUCCGAGUGCUGCGAAAAUAACCACAAAAAUGUUUUCCUGGACUCGGCCGUGCCAGACGUGUGUAAGGAGGAGCCGUGUGUGUUGGGGGUGGACGAGGCUGGCAGGGGUCCCGUCUUAGGUCCUAUGGUGUAUGGAAUUUGUUUUUGCCCUUUGAGCAAGCACGAUGAUCUCAAAGCUGCUGGUGUGGCCGAUUCAAAAACACUGACAGAAGAGCAAAGAGAGAAGAUUUUUGGAAUAAUUCAUGAACAUAAUGAGUACAUAGGCUGGUCACUUGAAGUAAUAUCACCUUUAUAUAUAUCUAAUUGCAUGUAUAAAAGACCUAAAGUAUCACUGAAUGAGGUGUCUCACAAUUCGGCCAUUGGCUUGAUAAACCGUGCUAUUGCUGCUGGGGUGAAUGUGUCUGAAGUCUACGUGGAUACUGUUGGUCCACCAGAAAAGUAUCAGGCUAAAUUACAAGAAGUCUUUCCAACAAUCAAGGUGACAGUUGAGAAGAAAGCUGAUGCUCUAUUUCCAUGUGUAUCUGGUGCAAGUAUCUGUGCAAAAGUUGCACGUGAUAGAGCCUUGAAAAAAUGGGAAUUUCCUGAAGGAAUUAAAAUUGACAAUUGGGGUAGUGGAUACCCCGGAGAUGCUGUAACCAAGAACUUCUUGAUUAACUCACUUGACCAAGUAUUUGGUUUUCCGGGAAUUGUAAGGUUUUCCUGGUCCACUGCAGAGAAAAUCAUAGAAGAAAAAUGUAUUCCAGUAACAUGGAAUGAAGAUGAGGAUGAGGAGGAGAAAGAAAAAACACCAUCUGUCCUCCAGUUCUUUGCCAAGAAAACUAAAUCCUCAGACGAUAGUCCAGCUGCUCCUCCGCCCAAGAAGAGGAAUCACUUUUUUACUGAUCGCUGCCUUAAGUCUGUAGAGAGUUUUUAAAUUAGUUUCAACAUCAUUUUAUGGAAGAAGGUAGCUGGUGUGUAAGUAUCAGUGUUUAAUAUAAUAUCAUUAGAACUGGCCACUUGUAUGCAUUUAUAUGAAUUUAUAAAACAGAAUAAUUUGACCCUAUGUAAUGUAAAUGAUGGCCUUGUGUGCAUAUCCAGGGAUUUCAUUAAUUAAAAUUAAGUUUUGAGUUAGCCAUACGAGGGUUAGGUAGGAAAGGGGUAAUUCAAAAUAACACAUUCUUUGCUUCAGAGUUGAGCAAAGCUAGUACAGUAUAAUGAAACCUUGGUACCCAAGCUUAAUUGAUUCCAGAAGGCUGUUUGAGUGUCUAUCUGUUCGAAUACUGAAUAAUUUUUUCCCAUAAUGAAUAAUGUAAAUUACAUUAAUCCAUUCCAGACCACAAAAAAUACACACAUGAAUACAAUAAAUAAAUGAAAUAAGUGCAAA